UCUAGAUUCACUGUCCGGUAGGGUACUGGUCUCGUGCCCCCUCCCUAGAUCCCAGUCUGCACAUCUCUUUAGCCUUGCUCCCCCUCUUCUCUCUCUGCUCGCCCGCCCUUGUUCAUGCCCAUUGAGCAUCUAUCCGCUUUACCGCCAGCGCCAUGACGCCAUUCGACCCCGAGAAGUUCCACGACGAGGCGCUUACACCCAAUGGCAUCGAUUCAAUAUUCGGAGUCCCUGACUCCAGUCUCAGCGGGCUGUUGAGCUAUCUGGCUGCCAAUAAGCCGAAGCCACAGCACGUUGUCAUGGCCAACGAGGGCGGGGCCGUCGCGCUCGCCGCCGGACACUACCUCGCCACGCGCAGGGUGGCAAUGUGCUAUCUGCAAAACUCGGGUCUUUCUAAUGCGUUGAAUCCCCUCCAGAGCCUGGCUGCAAAGGAAGUGUUUGGUAUUCCCAUGCUGCUCAUGAUAGGGUGGCGCGGCAAACCAGGAAUCAAAGACGAACCUCAACAUGCUUUGAUAGGUCCGCGUCUUUUAGACAACCUCAGAGCCAACGACAUCCCUUUUGAGGAGUUGCCAGAGUCUAUACAGCAGUCAAAGGAAGCAAUAGGGCGGUUGAUUUCAAAGGCACUAGCAGAGAAAACGCCGGUCGCACUCAUCGUGCCUCCCGGAGCCUUCACCCCCUAUACCAAGGGAGCGACAAUCACAGCCGUAGGCGGCUGCGAGAAACGUGUUCAUGUUGAAGCCGAGAGAUGGUUCACCCCAGAGUCAGAGUUGCAGCUUUCCCGCGAGAUCGUUGUGAGGCGCGUGCUCGCGCACAUGAAAGAGGCCGAUGUCUCCGUGUCGUCGCUCGGAGGGACCAGUCGAGAACUAUACAUGGUCCGCAAGGAGAGAGGCGAGUCUCUCUCAUCAAACUUCUUUUGUCUCGGAGCCAUGGGACAUUCCUUUGCCGUGGCCAACGGCAUCAGGCUCCGGCGUGCCACGGGGCGAGUGUUUUGCAUCGACGGCGACGGGUCUUUUGUGAUGCAUUUGGGGAACAACGCCGUGUUGGCGGACAUAUCACAGCCUAACCUGGUGCAUGUGGUGGUCUUCAACGGGGUCCAUAGCUCGACGGGUAACCAGCCCCUCACGAUUAGCAGAGAGGCAUUUCUGGCGGCCGCCAAUGGUCUCAGCUACGAACGCAAGUUCUUUGUCGACAAUGCUGAAGCGCUGGAUCGGGCGUUGGGCAUGUUGGACGGGCGGAGCACUCUCAUCUUGGUGCUGGCUAAUGAAUCGGCGUCAGCGAGCCUUCCGCGGCCGUCGGAGACUGCCAGAGAGUUGAAAGACGUUUUUAUGGGGUUCUUCAGUUAAGAUCCUUGAUGGUCUGGGGUUGGGUUCGUUGGUUG